ACCAUUCCAAAUCUUCAAUUUUCGUAUUGUUGUAACUAUGUAUUCACCUGCACAAACGCUACCGUCACUUGUCCUCGAACAGAUCCUCGACUUUGCAGUUGGAAGUUUUCCGCACGAGUUCACUCCAGAGUAUGCCUGCGACUGCGGCCCAUAUAUGCGUGUGGUUCCUGGCCUCAGUUUAUGUCGCAGCUGGAGAGAUGCAGCGCUGUCAAAGUUGUAUGGCGAGGCCUGGUGGUGCAAGGUCCCGAAUUGCUCGCAAUGCUACACAACCGAAUGCCACAGUCGCAAAUUGCCUAGGGGGCUACCGACUGCUAUUUCCACUGGUAACCAGUAUCGCGUCAGAAAAGUGUCGCUGCAUUGGAAGGUCGAGGCUAUCCUGGAUGGUACAGCGAUCAGUGCGGCCAAGAACUCAUUGCUAGGCAAAUUGGUAAUGCCAUCAGUCACCUCCCUGGACUUUUACUUUUGCUCGGACCAACUGGAAGUGGAUCUUAGCGAGGCUAAGAAGAUGGAGCAUGUCAAGGCGUUCUGCAGCGAGAUAUACCAACUGUUUCCUUCCGUGCAAAGCUAUCAUCUCGUAAAGUUUGACGGGUAUGAUGAACUCAACGACUACCCUGAAGUUCCGGCUAUAGACAGCCUUAUUACUGGUCUGACCAAACACAAGACGCUGGUCGACUUUUCGUGCUCGGCGUUCGUUAUUGUGGUUCCCCUUCCCACCGAUGGCCGUGACCUGCGCUAUGUAUCAACCACCGCUCUCGAGGCUGACCAACACACAAUCGAGCUUAUCCGGCGCAGUGCCUCUACUCUUGAGUGCCUCACAGUCCAAGGCGGGGGUCCAGAGGUAUUUGCGCAGCUUCUUCAUUCCGAAGAUGGAAAGCCUGUUGUCUACACCCACGUUCACUCUCUGGAGAUGUCGUACACCGUAUAUCGCUCCUUUAGAGAAGCACACCCCACCUUUGCUUCUCCUACCGGUGUGUACUUUCCGUCUCUCAGAAAACUAGUGAGCAGGAUAAGAUACCCGUUCAGCAACGAUGUCCUGUUCAGAGGCAGUGAAGCGACGCUAGAAUAUCUGGACAUUCCGCUUUUACCGAGAACUGUUUCCGAUCUCCAGGAGUGUGGUGUGUUCAACGCCAAUCGUUUUCCAGCACUGAAAUAUGUUAGCGGAAAAGGGGAUCGAGUGGACGAUGAGAUGACGCGCAUACAGUUGACAGGAUCUCUGCUGCGGUUUGCUGCCAACGCGCGCGUUAUUAAGGCCAGGGAGAACGACUGUCCAUUUGACUUGACUGGCUUUGCAAUCAGCGAGUUUGGACAAAACGUUACCGUGUUGGAUAUACCGCCUAUCAGGCUGACGUUAAUGCGUACGCUCCAGCUUAUCAAGGUGCUACCGCGUCUUCAACAGCUGAGAACUGGAGUCGAGAUCACCGACGAGCUGCGCACCACUGACCAGACCCAUGAUUCCUGCGUUGCUGAAUGCCGUCCGCUGUGGAUACAAAGACAUGAAGGCGAUCCAAAAUACAUGGAAUAUGGCGAUCCAUUCCAUCCGGAUAUUGAGGACGACAUUGUCCAACGUGGACUCAGACCAGAUGCAUACGAGUGCUUUUAUUCGUCGAGAUUCAUCUUCUCCGACUAUUUUGGCGAGUUCAUUUUGGACCACCUCAGCCUGGUCUAUGCAGAUUUAGGGUUUGUUGACGAGCUCUAUUCUGACUUCUACCCGCUGUCCGACUCCUUGGCUGUUUUGGACUGCAGCCAUGACAGAGAGGACAGCGCGGUGCUGCUGGCUCGGUCCAAGAUUGCAGUCAUCUUGCUGGCACUGUGCCCGUCGAUCCAGCGGAUCCAAACGUGCUGGGCCAUCGACUUCAGAUACACGAAGAAGGCCAUUCCCGACGAUAUAUCUAUAGAGCGGCAGAGGAUCGUGGAAUCCGAGCAGCACCAAAAGCUCGUUGCCCAUCUGAGGUCGGUAGCCCAGCAAUAAUAUUCGCCUACCGCUCUGUCUGUCUAAACCAUCGCUUGCUAUUGCAUUUCCA